UUCUUUUUUAAACCUUGUACAAUCACAAGACGCGUCUAACCGAAACUCCACUACAUUGGGCCUUAUGAAUAAAUACUAGGCAAUUUCUUUGAAUUGACAUUUUAGAGUUUUACUCCAUUUAUUCAAAUAAACUUAGGUAAAAGGUCUGAAAUUUCAUGAUAAAGCAAUUGCUUAUUUUUUAUUCAUACGGGUCCAUUGAAAGAAUUUCUGGCACAACCAACACUUACACAUACGCGAGUUCUGAGUUACAUCAUAGGUACUUUAACUGGUAGUUGUCUUAAUGGGUAGAUUUUAAGUCGCCGAAACGUUAUACAUCUAUGUAUGUAUGCGAUUCUCAACUGAAGCUGUUAUCAUUUCGAAGCCAAAAUUUGAUUUUUAGAUCGUAUUUCAAUCGGCCAUAUCGUGAAUUCAAUGUGAACAAAUGCAUAUAACCAAAAAAUUAUAAAGCAAAACAUAAAAAUUUUACAAAUUUGUUGUCUAUUAAAUUAUGGGAACGAUUUAUUCACAUGGAAUAAGGCUGAAUAAGUUUUAGCAUGGGAUAUAGUAAUUCUGAUCCCUAAGUGCCUUCAUCCUUUCAAUUAGAUCUAGUAUUUGGAAAGGAAUAUAUUAAACAAACCCACAUUUUAUAGAUGAAACAAAGAGCUCUGGCCCUUCGUUUUUGAAAAAAUUUUCGUAUGUGUGUUCUUGUUGUGAAGCGUUGUCUUUACAUUUGAAAGUUGUCAAACAUUUUUAAAACUUUUCCAUCUAUAUUCAUAAAAAAAAAUAUUUUUGAAACUGCAACACGCUUCGAGGAAUAAGAUACUUAACUUAAAAUAUUGUCAUACACUUUUAAUAGCCAUCAAUGUUUCGAAGUCGACAUCAGAAAGGUUGCUUCUCUGUGUUUUACAGCCUAGGUAGCAGUCCGUUACAAUUCUGGUCCACACAUAUACAAAACGGUUACAUCAAACGCGUCGUAGAUGAGGAUGUCAAGUCCGUGGUUAUGGAAAUUAUAGGUUCAAAUGUAUCCACCACCUACAUCACAGGACCACGAGAUCCCAAAAUGUCCUUUGGGAUCAAAUUACCCUUCUUAGUGUUGCUUAUUAAAAACCUACACAAAUAUUUUACAUUCGAAGUUAAAAUUUUAGAUGACCAACGUUUUAUGCGCCGCUUCCGCGUUUCAAAUUUCCAAAGUAAAACGUCUGUCAAGCCCUUCUGCACCGCUAUGCCAAUGGGUAUGUCCCCGGGCUGGAAUCAAAUACACUUUAACUUAGCCGACUUCACGCGCCGUGCUUACGGCACCAACUACUUGGAAACAGUGCGUCUGCAGAUACAUGCCAACGUGCGCAUACGGCGAAUUUACUUUACAGACCGCCUAUAUUCUGAGGAAGAAUUACCCAAUGAAUUUCGUUUAGUUUCCAAGCGAACGGAGAAAAAGAAAGCACGUGAAUAUAAAGUGCCUGCCGCACGUCCGCCAUCUCCAGCCAAAUCAGCAGCUACAACUGAACGAGCCGGCUCUCCUGGUGGCGAAACAUCUGCUUCCGAACUGCCUACUGACAUGGAAAAAUACUAUUGAUAUUAGUUUUGAAGUCCUCAAAUAAGUAGGAUUGAAAGCUCCCUGAAAAGGCGUCGCAUAGAUAUAUUUAUAUACAUUAAUGUAAGGGUGACUCGUAAAUUAUCGUAGCUUGUUUU